CCAGCUAUCAGGUUACACUAUAGUGGCACCCGACCCCUUCAACACACUCCAUAGUCGGGAUACCGAUAUACCACAGCGCCGCUCAGACAACAUAAGCCAUUGUAUAGGACAGUCUUCACUCUCGCCAAACACUUUAAAAGCCAUAUUUUCAACAACAUUGUGAUCGAAUCACCUUCAAAGGGAUUGCACUGAAAACACAAGGCUACGUGGACGUAAAAUUAGUCAUGUGACCUGUCUGAAUUUACGUACGGCACUUAAAUAUUGAAAUACUCAAAGAAGUUAUAAUUUGUGUGUUGCUCCUAGGAACAACGGGCCAUGUCACUUGAGUAUCGAUCAACUGAUUGUGCACGACGCUCAGGUAGAAGGCAGGCACAAUACAGGUAACAGAGGGAGGAUUGCGGAAGAGCUGGAAGACAUGUGACCGUGUCUCGCUAGGUAACAAGUAUUAUGUCUGGCCGGAAGUACGGGAGCGAUAAAGAGGUAGCGGCCGUGACCUUCAACAUGAAAGAACAGCGAUGUCUUGAGAAAUCCCUACAAACCCUGACUCUAGAGAAAACAUACUCGCUCAAGCUCCUCGACCUUGACCACAGAAUCAUUAAGGUCAACUAUCGGCGUCUGAAGGACAAGGUAUCCCGGAUCAAGUCCAACCUAUCGGCUGACGAAAUUUCAGAUCUACGACAACUUGAAGCAGACGGUAAACUGCGACCGGCGUACAACUCGGUGAACAUCAGUGGAGCUUUAAAAAUUGCCGCAGCGUCGAGGAGGCUUAAAUUUCAGAGGCCUUUACGAGACCGAGCCUCCAGUGCCCAUCCUCGUCUCACAGGGCGCCAUGAAGGCCACAUUCAUGCUCCUCCAUCUUUACCCGGUCUGUGUAGGAGUAAUUCAGUCACCGGCGUGUUCAUCGAUGCCCCUGCCUCUGACGUCACGAGGCGGAGAAUGUCUGCUGACGUGAUUCCUAACAAUGACAAGCUGAGACCUUUAAGUGCCUUCACAAUCGGCCAAUCAAACGUUCAUGAAAGAAAUGGCGAUGGGUUGAAUAAAAGACCAGCGACAUCGUCGUGCGUAGGUUUUGACAAGGCUAAGCUCAAUGUCUCCCGACCUACGACUGGUGUGUCGUGUAACAGCAUUUCUCACGGACACACACAUUCCCCCUUUUCUUCUCACUCCCAGGCAGAAAAAGAUGCCCGUGCACCCUCAGCCUCUCUCAAUCGCCGUCCUAGUAGGGAGUUAAAAUCUACGUACCCAUCUGAUGAUUCAAUAGACUCCAACUUGGGGGAUGAUUUAUAUGAAGAGCGGAGACAGGAGCUCCUGGAGGAAGAGCUCGCCCGAACGGAGGAGCUCGAGCUCCGGAAAGAGGAGUUCCUUCAGAAUAUAAACGAUUAUCUGCGACGGACGAAUCCCCCAGAGCAGGAAGAGGAAGUUACUGUCGCAAAAGCCGAAUCUUUGAAAAGUCUUAUAGUUAGUGAGAGGGUUGCUUCAGCAAAGAAUGGUAAACGUCUCACGAAGAGAAGACAGAUGAAAGUGGAUUUCGACCAAACGCCGACUUUCCUUCCCGAAGCAGAUUAUCGUCGGCGUCUGUUUAAUUUAUGGGCGGACAUGAACAGAUGCCGGUAUCUUCGGGUGCCAGAGGAGCUAAUAGACCUCUCCGGGAUCCAAACUUUGGCUAAGGACCAGAUGCUGCUGUUCGAGGUCUUACGUCAAGCUGAGCAGGAAUCGCUCACGGCGUCAGCACAGUUGUGAAGGAGUGAGCGGGGUAACAUUCCGUCUGUGACAUGUUGGAACAUUGCGAACGGGCUGUGCACAUUUGUUUUGUACACAUGUGGCAAAUCACCAAUGUAUUAAGUUCAUGUCAGCAUUGUAGGUGAGCGUCAAAGAUCCAGAUUGAGCUGUUGAAAUGGAACUCGUUUUGGACUCCUUGUUGUUGAAGCGCCGAUACUGUUUUGCCUGUUAAGACACGUCGUGUGUUGCGAUAUGUGUAUUUUAGGUUAGCAAUCAUUUGAUAUUGACAUGUAUCUUUGAAACUGUCGAAAUGAACGUCUCCAAUUGGUA